UACCGAAGUCCAUUACACUAUGUUUAGAUGUAUGAAUUGGGCAUAUGGAAUUUGAAGUCCCGAAAUCCAGCGUUUGGAUGUUUUUGGCAUUGGCGCUUGGAAUCCGAAAACAAUUCCGCGCUCGCUCCUGCGCCUCGCCACUUAACUUCCCGCGAUACCGAGGGAUUUCCCUCGGUUUUCAGUGGAAUUGGCCUCCGUGUACCGCUUCGAACAGAACUCAGAGAGAGAGGCCGAGCGAGCUCGGGAGGAGACCGGGCGAUUCACACCGGCAGCGGCGACGCAGAGUUUCCUGGAGCAGUUGUAUCACGUGAGGCUGAUUGGAGCUGCAUGAUGGGAGAUAUGAAGUCCGAAUUUCAAGAGGCUUUGAAGACAACCGAUCCAGUUACUUUGCCAAAAGUUACUCCUUCAGCUGAAAUCCUUGCUGCACUUCAAACUAUACCAAAUUUGGCAGAAGGUGAUAUGCUAAGAGCUUACGGAAGGCUGUCCACUAGUGAGCGCUUGGUUGAAUCACUCAUGGAGCUUCCCAUGACCUUGAGGAAGGCAUGGCUCAUGACGCUGCCUUGAUGGUUGCUUUCAUGAUGGAGCUCUCCAUGAUUUGAACUACUAUAUUUUGUUAUUUAUGUGUCAAGAGAAUCUCCAUGAUCUGAACUAUUUGUGUAUUUUGCUACUUAAGUGCUGUCCUGUGUGCAAGAGAAUACUCAUGAUCUAAACUAUUUAUGUAUCUUGGCACUCAUGUAAUGUCCAGUUCUGCUAUAUAUGUGCAAGAGAAUCUCAAUGACCUGUAAUGUUCAGUUGUGCUAUAUAUGUGCAAGAGAAUCUCGAUGCCCUGAAA